AUGGAGAACACACCUCCAGCUCACAUGCAAAGCCAGAAUGCGUCAUCGCCCGAUAUAGCAACAGGAGGACGCAAAAGGAGUGGUUCUGGGGGGAGCAUCCUCUCUAAGUUCCCCUUUUUGCGCACAUCGGAUAGCAAAGCCGGUCUCAACGAAUCGCGCCAUGCCGAGAAUUCCCAAGACCCUUCUAGUAAACCACCCCGCGCCCUCGCUGCUACUUUCCAACAACAAAAGACUCGUAGGCGCAGAGGAUCGCUUCGCAAAGUUGCCCUGUUAGGUCGCGGCGCGGCGCGAGAAAAACGGGAGCUCAAGCCUCUUGCCAUCGAUACAUCACAAACCACACAGUCAACCCCCGACCUAAGUACCACUCCCAAGCCGCAAAUCAUGGCGGCAGACGAGAGUCUCGGCUUAGGCAUCUCCGAUCUAACACCGCGACCAUCUAUGGACGGCUAUGCUACAAGAGAUAGCCUUUUGAUGUCUUCACCACAAUCUCCUGAUAACGAGUCGCACCUUACGAGCCCUACCAUAUCCUAUACUUCUACCACAGACGAAGAGGAUAUCCUUUCAAUCCCUAUCCGCGUCCCCUCGCCUCUCCGUCCGGAACUCUCUCCAGUAUCGUCCGGCUCUGACUCCUACUUCCAAAACCGCGCGCCCUCUCUUCAACGGCGCCGUUCGAUCAAACAUGCCAAAUCGCCAUUGUCGCUCCAAGGCCUAACAGCCAGCCCACUUCCCACGGUGCACGAAAACCACGAUUACAGCGAAACGGAAUGGUGGGGAUGGGUCGUGCUGAUCGUGACCUGGUUCGUGUUUGUGAUAGGCAUGGGUUCCUGCUUAAACGUCUGGAGCUGGGCCUGGGAUGUAGGAACAACCCCGUAUGCGCCACCGGAGCUCGAGGAUGACCCAACGUUACCUAUAGUCGGGUAUUACCCGGCGCUGAUUAUAUUGACUUGUAUCAUGGCUUGGGUAUGGGUCGUCGUGGCGUGGAUAGGCAUGAAAUACUUUAGACAUGCCAAAAUAAGUGGCGAUUGA